CAACAGGUCGUCGUUCUCUGGCGCGCGCGUCCGUCCGUUCUCUCUCGCACCCGUCGCCAUCAGACCCGACCGGCAAACGCUUCAGUCCCCACGUUACGUCCGUUCGCGCACCACCCGGCAGCCGCUGUCAACGACAAUAUUGGAUCGUUUUGCAAGUUCCUUAUAGUACACGCGUCAAUGUACCAGCCAGCCAUGUGAAUGAGGAUUUGACGGUAUUAUUUGGAGAUUUUUUUUUUAACAUAGUGCGCGCCGCGUUUGCCGGCAAAACGAACGUUCUGUACGCAACUUAUCCGUACACAUAAGUAGUGGCGAUAGUACAUUUUUGUUUGUUUUUUUUUUUAUAAUCGUUGAAAUCGCGAGUUUCGUACAUUUAUUUAUAAUACAGUUACUCGUUCGGCUUGUCGUUUCGAAGUAGUUUUUUUUUUAACCCGAAGGAAUUGCGUUUUGGACCGUCCGAAAAUGUCCAUGCACGAUAUGGACAGCCUGGGGAUAUACAUGGAGUUCCCGUCCAAGCUCGACCCGUUCAUCAACGACGACAUGAAAUACUUGUGGGAUUCCGAUUUGGAUCAGGAUUUGGGCGAAACUCUUAGGGCCGAAGACCCGUCCGACUGGUUGAUCGGCGGCAACGGCCGGUCGAAUUCUCACGUGGUUCUCCACGACCGUCUGAUGACCGACGCGCUGUUGGGCAAUGCCCCAAUCAAGGCCGAACACUCGUAUUGUACCACACACGGGUCCAGGGAAUCGUUGGACGCUAUAGAUCUGGACGACGACAGCAACCAGGACAGGACGUGCAAGCUGACUUUCGACGAGGUGAGAUGCGACCGGACGGGAAACAUAGAGAUGAUAAGCAUCAAAGACGACUCGGUGUCGGUCAAAGACGAACCCAUGAGCGACCAGGAAUACGUCGAAACGUCUUCGUGUCCGCCGUCCCCUUGCUCAGUCGCCGACGUCCCCACACACUACAGCAAGUUGCAGAAAACUGGUUACGAAAAACCCACCACGGUCGUGUUGACCUCCAGAGCUUUCCUCAACCAGUCACACAAAAUAAUCCUACCAAACUUUGGUAUAAAAAUGGAAGGUGGUACAGGUUUUACACUGCCACCCACGCCACCGUCGUCCACAUCCAGCGACAGCGAGGGCGGUAACAUAUCGCCACACCAUCGGUCGUCGCCCACGCGGCGGCUGUUCCUGUCAUCGUCCUCUUCUUCCACGUCGUCAGUCGGCGGCACCAGCGGUAGCCGGCAGCCCAUCCAGACGCCUUUGAUCAGCUGUCAGCCCAAGGGUUCCACCGGGGCGCUGGUACUCACCGAGGAGGAGAAGCGCACGCUGCUGGCCGAAGGCUACCCGAUACCCACCAGACUGCCUCUGACCAAGGCCGAGGAAAAAUCGCUGAAGAAGAUCAGGAGAAAAAUUAAAAACAAGAUAUCCGCCCAAGAGAGUCGGCGCAAGAAAAAAGAAUACAUGGACUCGCUGGAGAGGAAAGUAGAAAUAUUGGUUACCGAGAACAGCGAGUACAAAAAGAAAAUCGUCAACCUCGAAGAGAGCAACGGGACGUUGGUCCAACAGUUGCAAAAGUUGCAGAAAUUAAUCGGGGUGCAGGCAACGCAAAUUAGUCAACAAAUGAAGUCCAAAUAAUUUAGUACUUGCCGUCGGGGUAAUUCUGUACAUAUAUAUCGACUAAUGGUGCAAAUACAAUACGUUUAAGAGUUUUAUUUUUAUUUUAGUUCAAUGUCGACAGCUAGUCCGUGAUGUUUACCAUAUGCGUUUUCUAUAACGAAUACGAAUUGCGGUCGGAGGAAAAUUGUAUAAAUUUUCUGCGAAGAAAAAAAAACGACUGACGAAUGAAUAGUAAAAAAAUAACACCAAUUUAUAAAUAAGAGAUAAUCAUUAUUAUAUAUCGGAUAAAAGUGAUGUUGUUUUGAUAACCUUACAUUGUAUUAUAUUAAAUCAAAAUUUUAUUAACUUUUAAUCUCAAUAUUAAUCGUUGUAAGUGCCAAAAUUAUAUUAUAUAUUUCUUAAACAAUCGCCUGUGCCUUUUGAUACGCACUCGAGCUGCAAACUUUUAUUAUUGUUCGUAUUAUACAAUUAUAAAACUAUGUUACUUGCUUAGGAAUAAUUUCCUAAAGUAUUAAAAAAUAUGAAGUUAUCAUGUUAAAAAAUAGUGUGUGUGUGUACACCUAUACAUUUAUAAAUUAA